GUCAGCUUUUCCGAAAGGGGGGCGGGGCAGGGCCUUAUAUGCGUCGCGGAAGUUAGAGUAACAGUGAUCCAAGGUUUUUCCGCCCCUGGUUGCGCAAUCGAUAUACUGAUAAAAUUUAGGGAGUCUUGUUUUCAGAUUAGCCUUGUUAAAAUCCCCAACAACGAUGAAUGCAGCCUCCGGAUAAAUGGUUUCCAGUUUGCAAAGAGUUAAAUAAAGUUCGUUCAGAGCCAUCGAUGUGUCUGCUUGGGGGGGGAUAUAUACGGCUGUGAUUAUAAUCGAAGAGAAUUCUCUUGGUAGGUAAUGCGGUCUACAUUUGAUUGUGAGGAAUUCUAAAUCAAGUGAACAGAAGGAUUUGAGUUCCUGUAUGUUUCUUUCAUCGCACCAUGCCUCGUUAGCCAUAAGGCAUACACCCCCACCCCUCUUCUUACCAGAAAGGUGUUUGUUGCUGUCGGCGCGAUGCGUGGAGAAACGGGUUGGCUGCACCGCUUCGGAUAGCGUCUCUCCAGUGAGCCAUGUUUCCGUGAAGCACAGAACGUUACAGUCUCUGAUGUCCCUCUGGAAUGCUACCCUUGCUCGGAUUUCAUCAACCUUGUUGUCAAGAGACUGGACAUUGGCAAGAAGAAUGCUAGGAAGUGGGGCACGAUGUGCCCGUCUCCGUAGUCUGACCAGAAGACCGCUACGUUUCCCUCUUUUUCGGAUAUUUGCCAUUUUGUGAACUCAUGGAGUGAAUGUGUUUUCAGUCAAACAAGUUUAACAGAUUCAGAAGUGCAGCAAGAGAUAUGCAAAUGUACAGGCAUCAUUAUCCAGGGCAAGAAUCAAAUUUGUACUUUGGCGGGCAACAACAAGUAAACAAGUACUCAUCUCUUUAUGUAGUACAUGGAAAAGCGGGAUGAUUUGAGUCAUAAUUUUACUGGCCAAUUCCUCUGAGAUUAUUGUACUGUUUUAAUACAGCUCUCUGAAAUAUCCUCAUUUCUGAAUUUGCAUUACUUUCCCCCCUUGAUGAAAUGCCUAAUUUACAGUUCUACCGUGGACAAUUACCCUCCUCCCCUGAUGGUGUCUUCAUUGAGGACUUUCACAAUAAAUGGCACAGGAAAUAUUCAAAACUGGAAGAAGUUCACUCAUACAUCCAAUGGUUGUUCCCACUUCAAGAACCAGGAAUGAAUUAUCAAGCCAAGGAACUCACCAAGAAGGAAAUUGAGGCUUUCCUUGAAGAUGGCACAGCAAAGCAGAGGCUGGUUGCAUCCUACAAGCUCAUGCUGGACUUCUACGGCAUAGAGCUGUCAGACAUAACAGGGGAAGUGAAACUUGCGAACAACUGGCGUGAGAGAUUUGACAACCUGGAAACAAACACACACAACAACCUGCGCAUCACCCGCAUCCUGAAGUGCCUGGGCACUCUGGGGUUCACCCACUACCAGGCCCCACUGGUCCGAUUCUUCCUAGAGCAGACUCUUGUCAAAGACAAGCUGUACAAUGUGAAGGAAAGUGCCCUCAACUACUUCAUCUUCGCUGUCAUUGAUAAGCAAGAGCGCAGGAAUUUAGUUACGUAUGCCUACGCACACUAUGAGCCCAAACAUGAGUUUGUGUGGUGCCCCAAGACAAUCCAGAGUAUAUGGGGUGGCAGGGUAGCCUAGUGGUUAGAGUGUUGUACUAGUAACCGAAAGGUUGCAAGUUUGAAUCCCCGAGUUGACAAGGUACAAAUCUGUCGUUCUGCCCCUGA